AUGAAUACUCUGGUUCAACUGGGAUCCUUGCCCCAAUCGAAACUGCCAACCGCGACAUUCGAUACCACAUCCUCAUACUUUGAAGCCCUAGCAGAGCUGCACAUCGCUCACCUCGUAAACCAGCGCAACAAUGCAAUCGACUCAGCCGAAGACUGUCGGCGCAAGCUUGUCGCUCGAUAUCUUUUCCGCAAACUCGCCCGAGAACAUCGAUUAACAGAGCGACUGGCAUCCUUUGAUAAGGGCCCGUUCAAACUUUGGUGCGAUGACUUGCGCCGAGCUGACAUCCUCCUGAACGAAGAGCUCAAUAAUCGAUGGGAAUUCACAUAUGCCGCCCCAGUCGAAUUCUCCUUUGCGCCACCGUGGUGGCUUCUGAUUGAAAAGCCUGAAUACUGGCCUCGAGGCCUGGACGACUGA